UUUUCUUUCCUUCUUAUAUCUUCCUUAUUUUCCUGUUUUAUAGCAGAAUUUUCUUCAUUCAAACAUGUCACUCCCUAGCUUCUAAGAUAGUGCUAUGCUAUAUGCUAUCUCAAAAACAUUGGAGAAGCAAUCUUCAAUUUUAGCGGAGACAAGUAUAUGCAGUUGCUAAUACGAUUUGUUGAAAAAAGUUGAAGGAUCUUCUACAUUGUUUGAAGCAAGAGGAUAUACUUCAGUUAAAGAAAAUGUCCAAACCUGCAACCUCUCUAUUGGUGUCUUCGGUCCAAGAGCUUGCAAAGCAACACAUGAUUGAAGUUCCAGAGCAAUAUCUUCAUCCAAAUCAAGAACCUAUUAAUGUUGUACCUAACACAACCUCUUCAUCACAAGUCCCAGUCAUUGACCUUGAUAAAUUGUUAUCUGAAGAUGGAACUGAGCUAAAGAAGCUAGACGCUGCAUGUAAAGAAUGGGGUUUCUUCCAGCUGAUUAAUCAUGGAGUCAAGUCUUCAUUGGUGGAAAAUGUGAAGAUAGGUGUUCAAGCGUUCUUAACUCUUCCUAUGGAAGAGAAGAAGAAAUUUUGGCGAACCCCAGAAGAUAUGCAAGGGUUCGGUCAAUUGUUUGUUCAAGCUGAGGAUAAAAAGCUAGAUUGGGCAGAUUCAUUCUUCAUCACAACUCUUCCCUCAAAUGCAAGGAAUCCUCGCUUGUUUCCAAAUGUACCUCAACCACUCAGAGAUAAUUUAGAGGCUUAUUAUUUAGAACUGAGAAGAGUUUUCAUUACAAUCAUUAGCCAUAUGGAAAAAGCUCUUGAGAUUGAACCAAAUGAAGUGCUCAAGUUAUUUGAUGAUAUAUAUCAAACAACGAGGUGGAAUUACUAUCCUCCAUGUCCCCAGCCUGAAAAUGUGAUUGGAUUAAAUCCUCAUUCUGAUGCUCCUGCCUUAACCAUUCUUCUCCAAGUUAAUGAAACCGAAGGCCUCCAAAUAAGAAAAGAUGGGAAAUGGAUUCCCGUUACACCCCUCUCCAAUGCUUUUGUCAUCAACGUCGGAGACAUUUUGGAGAUACUGACCAAUGGAAUUUAUCAAAGUGUUGAACAUAGAGCAACCAUUAACUCAGAGAAAGAGAGGAUUUCUAUUGCCACAUUUCACAGGCCUCUUAUGAACAAAGUUAUUGGUCCAACACCAAGCCUUGUUACACCAGAGAGGCCGGCGUCGUUUAAAAGAAUAGUUGUGGAAGAUUACUACAGAACAUUCUUUUCACGCAAGCUACAUGGAAAAUCAUUGCUUGAUGUUAUGAGGAUUGAAAAUGAGACUGGUUAAUGCUAAAGUUACUAGUAUUGUGUAGAUAGAAAUUUAAAUAUGUAUACUCUGGAAAUAGUUACACCACAAUUUGUGUUCCGCCUUUUAUCAAUUCUCUCAAAUGUAAUGUUGAUGGUGUUGCGAAAGGAUCCCGCGACUAGUUUCGUGAUAUAAAUGGGGUGGUGUUACGUGUUAGGAUGCUUCUCUAAGAAUUUGGGAGUGGCUUGGGGUGGUGUUAACCCCAUGACAUUUGUUUGGUAAGCGCUUAUUCAUAAGCCAUUUUUAAAAGCUUUCUUGAAAUAAAUUCAAAAUUGUUCAAGGUGGUA